AUGAGAAUACUCUAUUUCGGGAGAACUAAGGGCAACGGGGCAGAAUUGAAAGUUAAAUUGGAAGAUCCCGAUGAUUGUUGGUGUAUAUACAAUAUUCUUGCCAUUGGUGAUACAAUAACAUGUUUUACCAGCAGAAAGGUUGAUGUAAUGGGGAAUGAUUGCAAAUGCAAAGGUAAAAUUAUCAAAAAAUUCAAUAUAACACUCAGUAUUGAGAAAUUCGAAUUCAAUACAUAUGAUGAAUCAAUAAGUAUUUCAGGUCGAAACACUAGAGAACUAGAAUUUAUAAAGAUAGGCCAGUAUCAUACAGUAGAACUUAAUGAUAAUUCUAUCAUAACUCUCAAAAAGAAUGUUUGGAAUAGAACAACGGAUGAUCUAUUUAAAAGGGCCAAAGACAAAUCUAACGAAACAAUUAGAGCAGUACUUCUUAUUGGUGAAGGAAUUGCCAUAUUUUACAAACUCACAAAAUUUAUUACCAAGGAAAUAUUCAAGGUUAAAAGAACCACCCCCAAAAGAUAUAAUAAUGUAGCAAACCUACGCUAUGAUAAGAGCAUCGAAUCUUUUUACUUAACAGUGGCUAAGACGCUAAACCAACAUUUGAAUGUUGAUAAGAAGUACAAUGUUACAAUUGCAGGCCCUGGGUUCAUCAAAAACAGUUUCACUAAUUAUAUCAGUGAUAAUGCCAUUAAACUUGGUUUUACACAAUUGCACAAAGUUCUACCCUCAUUCACAGUCCAAUCCGUGUCUCUGGUGGGAAGAUCUGCACUUAAUGAAAUUCCGGAUUUGACACCUGAUAUUAGCGUGCUCUAUGAACUAAAAAAGAGGAUGGGGAUGGGUACUGAUACAUUUCUUAUAGGCCAAAAUAUGAUUAAACAACACAUGGAUAGUGGUGCAAUUGAACACUUAUUAGUUACUGAUGGGAUUUUACGCUGCCAAUCUGUGGAAAAUAGGAAAGAUAUGUUGUCUAUUAUAGAUAAAAUCAAAAAUCAUGGCGGAAAAGUGACCAUUGUAUCGGAUAACCACCACUCAAGUGAUGAAUUGAUUAGAUUAUCUGGAAUCGCAGCACUAACUAGAUAUUCUAUUUCGUGA